CAGCAGUAGUGUGUGCUGUUGCUAAGCUCAUUUCAUGAUUUUGACAAGUAAGACGUUCCGUUAUUUUGGAUUAAAAUGCAGUGAAAGGAUACUCGAAAGCUCCACCAACCAUGCCUGUGUACGUCCGUAAAAACCUUCUCUCCAUUACCCCUGAUUCUCUGGGCACCCAAUCCAGCGAUGAAGAAGACUACAUCCGAGACCCAGAGCAGAUGUACGAUGUGCUCCCCCAGCCUUUCCGACUUGUCAACAAGAUUGUCAACUUGAUCUUUGACGUCGCUUGGGAGGUCAUCAGCGAAAGGGAGGCUGCACGGAUUGCAGAGAGAUCUCGGGUCAGACCACCGCAGUAUGACUGUGCGAUUGCUUUACCAGACUAUGGAGACGCUCUCUGCAUAACAGGGAGCCCAGAUGGUCGUUACGCUUUCUUUGGUCUUCCUCAAGGGAUUGCAAUGAUCGAUGCCGCAACUCAAGCCCCCGUUGCAAUGUGGAAUCAUGGGACGGCAGACGCUACCAUCAGCUCCAUGAAAGUGUGUUCCAUUGGUGUUCAGACUUAUCUUAUUGCGGCUAUGGAUACAGAAGGAAACGGAAGGUUACUCUGUUGUGCCUAUGAAUGCAUUCAUCCUCUUAAGACAUUCAAUGAAGAUGUCUCUGGUUCUCUCAUCACUGAAAUGCUCCUCUCAAAUGACGGGGACUAUGUUUCAGUUGCCGUCAAAAAUGGAGCUGACGUGUGGCUGGAUGUCUGGCAUCUGCCACGUGAUAACUGGAUGCGUGAGGUAGAGACUGCGCAUAGCAAUGCAGUCAAACAGCAGCAGCAGCAGCAGCAGCAGCAACAACAACAGCAGGCUGAGAAACAGCAGGAUUCCAGUAUUGAUAUGGCUACAUCCAAUGAGGGAAUCACAACGGACAACACAUCCAAGUCCACCUCCUCUGGUUCUCCGAGGGGUUCUCCUACGCCCCACCAUGGGGGAGUGGCUAAUCCAGCCCCCGCUCUCAACAUGUCACAGAUGUCUAAGCCUACCGCAGUGCUGCGAGUUAGACCAACUCCGUCUACUGUAAACGGUGUGUCAGGUUCCGUGUCGGCAAUCUUCCGAGCCAUUGACGAGGGUAACGACGUAGGUCUUGGCACCAAGCAGCAUCUGAUAACGGAGCAGCACCUGGAGAAGAGAAGACAGGUGUUCAGACAACAGCACGAAGAGGAGCUGAGACACCUGCAAGAUGAAGAUAGCAUAUCCAGCCCGCAGCCCCUGUGUAGUUUCCUCAACCCGAGCCACAUGUUGGUCACUGGCCUAGAGUCCAGCAACGACAGACCCAACAGUAUCGCUGUAGCAUGGACGGGAAGUACAAAUAUCUGCCAUUACAACCUCCUCAAGCCGUCAAAAGGUUCUGAUCGACGUUCCACCACCAUAGAUUUGGAGCACAAGCCAGACCUUGUGUGGCCUUUUGCCAGUGGAAUCACUUGCCUAGCAACGUCUCCUUGCACCUCACUUCUUGCUAUUGGACACCGAGAUGGGACCCUGACUGUCUACGAUCAACAUACUGGUGUACCCCUGGCCGUUAAGAAGCUGUCACCAACAGGGGAACCAUCUUGUGUCUGCUUCCUCAACCCGAGUAUCCUGCCCCCUGCUCAGCCCCCUAAGGAACCCUUUACGUCCCCUGACGCAUACUUGUUGGCCCACUGCACCGAUGGUAGCCUAUCUAUUGUGAGGUGUGGGUACGAUGGAGUUGGGACAGUCAAAGUUAUCGAGCCUGCCACAGAGAGUAUCGCAAACGGGGUGAUUUCCAUUCAACCUCUCACAGGAAUUCCACAAGUGGUCAUCGUGGUCCGUGGGGGCGGGGAAGUGACUCUGGUGGAUGUCCGUAGGGGCCAUGCUCUGUGCCUCGUCGCUCUACGUGCAGCGGACUGCAAACUGACAGCUGUGGUGCCCCCGGUGCUGUCACCAGCUGCGAACGCUCAAAUGCUUUAUAUCAAAGGUGUGAAGGACGUGAUUGAUGAAUCCGAUGAAACAUCUGACACCUGUAUGUUUGUUUUUCCGCUGCGCUCUUUCCCCGCCUUGGAUCCCUUCAUGAAAAACCGUACUGAACCUCAACCUUACACCGUCCACAUCACAGCUCAGAAACGAUUUGACUCCUUGCUCUCAAACAGGUUGAUCCGACAAAACAAUCGUCAGCAACGGAUGCAGAGACGCUGGAAUAACCUGGCCCCACAGGUCAUACCCUGCAAGUAGGUCGAUCCCUAAAGGAGUCACACACUACCCUUGGGAGCUUUCAUUGGUUAAAGGCACAGCAGCCGAUUUAUUGAAACGCUAGGAUCAAUCCUAUCUCGAGUUAGG